CAGGUAUUCUUUAACUUCACUAAGUCUCCGAGGCUAAGUAGCAAGCCAUGGCAAGUCUUCUGGUUAAAAUUCUGGGUGCUAUGACGCCCCCACCUUUUGUACAACCAACAGACUAUGAUGGUUGGGAAGUUAAAUGGAAAUUUUUGGUUUUCCGUCCAGGACUCUUUCAAAGCCAGGCGUAUCUCUUAGCUGGAUUGUUGGCAUAUGUAGCCAUAGCUAUCUACGGCAAAUAUGUCAAUUUUAAAAGAGCUAAUUCCUGGUACAAUGCUCACCUCACACUCCUUCAAGACCAAUUCUCUUCACCUACAUCUGCCUCAGGGCUCAUAGCAGAUGGGUACACGGACUUUUUCAAUUUUUCCACCGGUCGACGUGCUAUUGCGUCUCUGCACACUGUAUUCUCACUUCGCCCACGUCAAGAUCCACUGCAACUUAUCUAUCAUUUCGGCUGGCAAAUGUACGACCUCAGGUACAAUCCAUACGAUGAACUCACUCUGGACUUCAAACUCGACGCGGAAAUGGCUGCUAGCAUCCCAGAUUACGUAUGGGCUGUCCUUGCAAAGGAUGAAUUCACAAAUAUCAAGGACAAGCGCUGGGAUUUGACGUUCACCCGUACCGCCGAUCAUGCCUCACUUCCAGCCUCGCUCUCCGUGAUGACCGAAUGGGCAGAUGUGACUGACAACUUGUUCAAGACUACUCCCACGCUAUCACUAACCAAGCUCCUUUCGGACCCUGUUAAUCUCAAAUACUUCAAAUCUCUUUCCGUGACGGACCAGCCGCGUGAACGCCCUGCUGUCCCCCUUACACCUGCCGAACGCGAGAAACACGUCAUCUUGUGUCUGGCUGUUCCCCCUGCAAACAAGGCCGCCGAGACCAUUCCUCUAGUCUCGGCUAUGUUUACAUUUAUUGACGGUUUAACGAAGAUGAAUUUGCGGCCAGAAACCCGUUCUAAGAUGAAGAAGGUCCGAGAGGAUGUGGACAAGGAAAUCCGGGAAGAGGCUGUGAAGGAAAAGAAGGAGGAAGCGGCCGAGGAUAAGAAGGUCGCAAGGCGGAAAGCAGAACUAGAACGCGUCUCACGCCUGAGUGCUGCAGAACAGAAAAAGAUCAUUGAGCGUGAUCGGAAACGUGCCUUAAAACGUUCACAAGGCAAGGCAGUGAGGAAAUCAUAAAUAUUCUAUUAAGAUCACAUGUAGGAAGGACUAUUGUACAUAAAAAUGUUAUUUCAUA